AUGCGCGUUGCUGUCGCCGGAUCUGGGGCCAUGGCCAGAUACAUCGCCGAAGAAUUCCCAAAGCAUGGCCACGAUGUGGUUAUCCUAGCCCGAAGUGAGAAGGAAUUCUUCAGGGGCCGUCCAAAUAUUACACAAAUUAUCACCGACUACUCCGUCGCCUCGUUGACAGCAGCAGUUAAUGACUGUGACAUACUCAUUUCCAUGAUUUUGUCAUAUGCCUCGGAUUUUAUUGAUGUACAUGUCAAUUUGAUCAAGGCCUGUCAAGCCAGUCCACGUUGCAAGCGAUUUAUUCCAUCUGAGUACGGUGGCAAUCUGGAAGAAUAUCCUGAUCUUCCACUAUUCUACUAUCAGUCGAGGGAACCCAUUCGAAGGAUUCUCAGAGAGCAGACUGAACUAGAGUGGACUCUUGUCAGUGUUGGCUGGUUGAUUGAUUACGUUGUUCCCCAAAACAAUCGAUACCUCGCGGACAUUGGAGAAGCGUUCCCGAUCAACCUCACCUCUAAGACUAUCAUCAUUCCUGGAACUGGCAAAGAUGUCUUCGAUGUCACGGCUGCCCGCGAUUUAGCAAAAGCUCUGGCCCUCCUGAUAAAUGCACCGUCCUGGGAACAAUACACAUACAUCUCUGGUGACCAAACUUGUUAUAAUGACCUAGCCCGGUUGGUAAAACACCGGUAUCCAGAAAUGAGUGACAUUCAGUAUUCUGGUUUGGGCAAAAUCCUUGAUACAAUCCAGUCAUCAACGGACGAAGACGAAGUUCUCCUCUCUCACUACAAGCUUUUCGUUCCCUUGGUGCAGGUUCCUUCGAUCCGGAGAAAGUUGAAGCUCACCGUCGGAAAUACUUCUCUGGACUGGCUUUCCGUACUCCCGAGCAACUGA